AUGACGACGAGGACCUCAAGACUAGCGAGAUUUCUACACGUUCGUGGACUAUGUGCGGACUAUGACGUGCGAAUGGCACUCUUUAAAUCUAGGAUUCGAGCAGGUGAACGGGACGUUUCGAGGUGUAUGGUACGUCUGGCAGCUGGGUACGGUAACCAGUCCAGAUCGUUUAAUUUUGUCCAGGUACACUACCAGCGAAGUCGUUUUCAUGUUGUUCAGGUACAAGUACCAGCGAGAUCGAUCAUGUCCAAGUACACUGCCAGCGAGUUUCUCGAUCGUUGUCCAGGUACAUCGCCAGCGAGUAGUCGUUUCAUGAUUUACCAGGUACUAGUGCCAGGAGUCGUUCAUAAGUUGUCCAGGAUACAACUACCAGCGAGUCGUUCUCAUGUUGUCAGUACAGGUUUCAACAGCUCACCAGCGGAUCGUUUCAUGCCGUCGGAUGCCAAUAACACCCCCAUGUCGCAGGUGCCACCGAGUGCCAGCCUUGCACAGACUCGGUACCGCGUGGUCGAAGUUCAGACUAGAUUCAACAAGCUCGCACGCCCUAUUUUAGAGCUCGUGCCUAAGCUUGGCGCGUAUCCCUCGCCCUGUCUUCACUCCGUAUCCAAAACCUUGGCUUCCCGCAUCAAGUGUGCCACUGUUCCCACCUUCACACCACAUCACCCAUCCAUCACCCAUCGCCACCACACUUUACAGCCUUCGUCCCCGCCGUCCACGCCUCCCAGCCGAUCCAAAGUCCUCCGGUACCACAAACCGUCUUCGAUCCAUCUCCACAACACCAUACCCGACCGCUAUCACCAUCUCACUGACCUCAGAAGCUCCGCCGCGAGCACCAGUAGCAGCCCCCGCCGCAGCAGCCACAAGUGCCGCUCGCAGACAGUGAGCCCGCGCGUCGACAGCAAGAAGAUCCUGCGCCAUUUGGUCACUCCUCCAGUAGGUCACAGAGCCUCGAGUUUUGACGAAUACCUCCACCUGCGAACCCAGACUCCCAAGUGUAGUGUAUGGAUUUUCGGCCCUGUGUCUUCACUCCUGAUCAGCUGUCCCUUAUUUAGUCGUUUGAGAAGCUUCCUCAACGACCCGCGCCCAAGGGUUGAGUUCCGACCCAGUCCCAGACCCAUGGUGUCUGAGGAAUAUACUCGCCUGCAGAGCGUUGAUAGUAGAAGCUGUUCCCCAGUGUUGGUAGUAAGUACUGCAGAUGCGUUGCCGAUAUCUAGUUCCUAUGCUAAGAUUAUGCAUAGUAAAGUUUUGUUUACUGUUGCUUUUCUGGAGGCAAACGAACCUUCAUUGCCUACUUCAUAUUUUAGUCAAUUAAUAGUUGGGCUUUCUAGGGAUUUAGUCAUAAGCAAACGAGUUCCAACUAGUAGAUUGCCGAGUUACACUUGCUUGAAUCAGAUAUUUGGAAAACUCUGGAUGCCGAAUGCACAGCUUAAAGAAUCUGAGAGGCGCUGCCUUCAGGCCCCGCCCACAGUGAGCCGACCGCCCUUCAGGGGGUCGUCGGGUGCCUUCAAGGUGGAGGGAGAGUGGGGCGGCAGGGCAAGGCACAAGCAGCAAGCUCAGUGUACGUAUGUGUGCCUUACACAGGAACGGACCCGCAGCACGGACAUAGCGACGGAGCUCAGGCGGAGUGACGACGUGUCUGUGGAAGGGACUUCGGUGGAAGGCCUCAUGCGAGAGACCUCGCUCACCUCCCUCGCGCCCUCGCCCUCUAGACAGGACAAGAAAGUCACCUUCGCCAAGCUCCUGGAGAAGAUGUCCAAGGAAAUGAGCUCCUCCUCCUCCGACGUGAGCUGCGCCGAGGACAAAUCCCCCAGCCGCAUCUUCAACUUCGGCAGCGUCAGGAGGUCUCCGCGUCGCUCCCCGCGCAUCCGCCACACGCAGAGAUACAGCGGGUCGGGCAGCGAAGAUGUCAUCGAGACGCCCGACAUCUCCUCCUCCGAGAUGACGCCGGACCCUCCCAAGAGGCUGCUCACCGUCAAAUCGUCCUCGUCGCCCUGCUCCAAGACGUCCUCGCCGCAGAGUCGCAACAAGCUGCACAAAAUAUCCUCAGCCGACUCUCUGCUCGCUAUGUUCAGGAACUUCGGUGGGUCUUGUUUUAAGGAGAAAGGAGAUUUAAGCAACCACCCCACCCGUAGGCACUUCAGGUCGUCCCUCGGCGUCGAACCCAUCGAGUCCGCACGGGUCCGAGGUCGACGACUCCUCCGCGCACCCUCGCCCUCCACCACCCCCACCACCCCGCAGAAGGCUCUGCCGCAGGUGGUCAAACAGGACACCCUCACAGUCCCAGGAGCGCUGCAGGUCCAGGUACAAUGUGCUGGCGGGUUAGCUAAUAGCUCAGGUCCAGUCAUCACUCUGGAAGUCCCCAACGCCGACCAAUACCGCUGUCUUUCCCCCAUCACGGAGCUCCCUACUCCGGUCCCCACCCCAGUCCCCUCUCCCCUGCCAACCCCCUGCCGGUACAGACCUAAGCCUCGGACCAGUUCGGAAUCCAACGACAACAAGGACAGCGAAGACACCGAGUCGGAGUUCUCUCUCUCGAUUUCCGUGGAACGAAGCAGCUCCGACAGUUCGGGUCCCGACCACCGCGUGUUCUUUACACCCACGAGGAACCUCCACAGUCUCCAUCACUGCAGCCCUCACAGAUCCGAGACGUUGUCCCCCACGGGCGCCACCCUCACGCCCUCGUCGACAAUGUCUUCCCGGACGCCUUCACCAGAUACGUCCCCCACCAUCUCGCCGGUUUCGUCUCCCAAAAUCAAGGUGAAACCUCCGCCGCUUACCAUUCCCAACGCUAACGUGUUAGAAUUUAACCCGGAGAAGCCGAGCACGUCGAGGGAUCCGGCCUGCGGCGAAAUCAGCCUGCAGGUUCCUGUCAUCAAAGUGGACUCGGUGGACGACGGGACGCGAUGGGAUUCGACGCCGCGGACGCGAUCGCAGAGCGUGGACGUUGGCAGCAUCCUGCAAGCUCCGCUCAUAACAAUAUCUCCUGCUGAGGAGGAACACCCGUCAGCAUCAACGUCGUCGUCGCAGCCGCCACUAAUUAUUCCAACGCUAAACGUUACUUUAGCGUCACCUCCUGCUCUGAAGAAGCAAUAUCCACCUGUGCCUACAAUUAGUAUAGAGGCCCCAGAACCCCCCAAACCCCCUGAGGUCCCGAUUAGACGCCAUGCUCCGGUGAUAAGGGAGAAGACGGGGUCUCUGGAACUCCAACCCGCGCCGGCCAUCACCAUCACCAACACUCUCACCGACGCGGAAAGUGACACGGACUCUCCCACGGGAACAUGUCGUCGGGGCGGACCUCCCUCUUGCUACCUCAGUCCCUUCCUGGGCGUCGACUUACGCGCCUCGGAAUCUAAUCUAAGUUCCUCGGGGUACAGUUCAGCAUAUUCCCCGGGGCCUUCUCGGUGUUCCUCCAACAACCCACUGCUUCCGGACGAGCCCAUGACCCCUUCCGUCUCGUCCAUUCCUUCUCGACCCAUGCAGAUCCCGGGACCGCCUCCCGCCGUCACGGCCCCGCCAAGGACCAAGCGCCGCCCCCUCCUCAAGACGCCGCCGACGGAGGUCUCACCGAUGCCUUUGCCCGCGCCCCUCGUCCGCACCGACUCUGAGACCACAGACGACCCCGCAGCCUCCUCGCAGCCGGAAGCCGACUCCGCCCUGGAGCUCGACACCAAUGACGAAUGCAGCGACGGUGUGGCCCACGGGGUGGAGGCCUCGAAGCUCAGCGGCGUAGACGAAGCUGAGGCCCAGCGACAGAGGCUGCUGAUGUCUUCGAGUCAGUCGUUCCCAAAGGAGUCUCCGCGUCUCACUCGAUCGCCACCAUCCAUUGUCGUCCACGCGUCGUUACAAAGUGAGUCGUCUCUCGAAGACUGCUUGACUGACAAACCCUCCCGACUUAGCCCGGUAAGCUCACGCAGUGAAUCACCCAUUAGCGACUCUCGACUAAGCGUAGCAAGAAUAUACCCCGCAUUCUUUGGCGUUAGUGGAAAACCGGAAUUGCCGUACACAGACUCAGACGGCCUAUAUGACUGUCCUUCGUCAGAGGUCCUUAACUCUGACUGCCACGCCUCUGCUUCGCCACUGAAACGCCUCGGGCGAAAACGCUUAAAGCGCACUUCGGGCAAGGGGAUCAAAUCUUUCCUAGGUCUAGGUAGCGUUGGGUCGGGCGAGGGCUGUAGCGGCGCCAGUGCCGCGCCCGCGCAAAGUGAAGGGGCCAAGAGUCGUCUCGAGCCGCCGCACUGGGAGAGGUCGCCGCGCCGCCUCUCCCCGAAGAGGCGCGUGAGGGCUCAGACGAGCGUAGAUCUCCUGUCUUCCUCAAACGAAAGUAUCACGUCUCAAAGGUAUGUAUUUGUAGUAAAAUCAUCCCAAGACUUGCUUAAGAUGACAAGACAAGUAACAAAAACAAUAUUCAGCAAAACACUCAUUGCUCAGUAGACAUUUUCUUCCAAGAUUGUUUCGUGUUGGGAGACGAAUUAAUGUCAAAAUGCCCCAAAAUAGAUAAUGAUAAAUGUAAUAUGUAAAUACAUCAAAAGGAAUAACAAAGAAGCAGGCAUUCAGAUCAAAUAUUAAUCCCAUCAAAAAAAAAAAAAAAAAAAAAAAAA